UGUGUUUGGAUAGGAACGACGAGGAGAAUCAUAUUUUCCAUAAGAACUUAUCAGUUUCUUGCGCUGUGAAGACCUUUAAGGAACUCUCAGUCGUCAUCUCAUCUGAGUUUUGUUUUGUGUGAGAGAAGUGAUUAUGGGAACUCAAGCUCCAGAAUUUGAAGCUGAUUCUAAAGCUUUUAAAGAUCGUUCUUUUAACGAAGAGAAACUAAAGGAACAAAAGGCAAUCGACGACUGGCUCCCAAUCACAUCCUCAAGGAACGCAAAAUGGUGGUACUCCGCUUUCCACAACGUCACCGCCAUGGUCGGCGCCGGCGUCCUCAGCCUCCCCUCCGCCAUGGCCUCCCUCGGGUGGGGCCCUGGCAUGACCGUGCUCAUUAUUUCAUGGAUCGUCACUCUCUACACUCUCUGGCAAAUGGUAGAGAUGCAUGAAAUGGUUCCUGGCAAGAGAUUCGACAGGUACCAUGAACUCGGGCAAUAUGCUUUUGGCGACAAGCUAGGUCUCUACAUUGUCGUACCGCAGCAGCUCGUGGUCGAGGUCGGUGUCAACAUUGUUUACAUGGUCACCGGCGGCCAAUCCCUCAAGAAAUUCUACGAAACCGUGUGCCCCAGCUGCAUCAAAAUCAAGCAGACUUAUUUCAUCAUGAUUUUUUCCUCCGUCCACUUUGUCCUCUCCCACCUCCCCAAUUUCAACUCCAUCUCCGCCGUCUCCUUGGCCGCCGCCGUCAUGUCCUUGAGCUACUCCACCAUUGCAUGGGCGGCGUCGGUGCACAAGGGGGUGCAAGAGGACGUGCAAUACGGUUACAAAGCCCACUCCACCUCCGGCACCGUCUUCAACUUCUUCACGGCGUUGGGUGACGUGGCGUUCGCCUACGCCGGCCACAAUGUGGUGCUGGAGAUUCAGGCCACCAUCCCGUCCACUCCGGACAAGCCCUCCAAAGGCCCCAUGUGGCGCGGCGUCAUCGUAGCCUACAUUGUCGUCGCCCUCUGCUACUUCCCCGUCGCCCUCAUCGGUUAUUGGAUGUUCGGCAACGCCGUCAAAGACAAUAUUCUUCUCUCCCUCGAGAAGCCCGCCUGGCUCAUCGCUACCGCCAACAUGUUCGUCGUAGUUCAUGUCAUCGGAAGUUACCAGAUUUAUGCCAUGCCAGUGUUUGACAUGAUAGAGACGAUGCUAGUCAAGAGAUUGCAUUUCAAGCCUUCUUUCAUUCUCCGUUUUGUCUCCCGCAAUUUAUACGUUGGAUCUACGAUGUUCAUUGCCAUUACCUUCCCUUUCUUCGGUGGGCUGCUAGGAUUUUUUGGUGGCUUUGUUUUUGCCCCAACGACAUACUUCCUGCCUUGCGUCAUGUGGCUCGCCAUUUACAAACCAAAGAAAUAUAGUUUGUCUUGGUGGAGUAACUGGGUAUCCAUAUUCCUUGGAGUGAUUUUGAUGAUCUUAGCACCCAUUGGUGGAUUGAGAACAAUCAUAUUGCAAGCCAAGGAUUAUAAGUUUUACAACUAGACCUAUAUGCCAAGGCCAAACAUAUAACUGUGUCUUCCUUCAGUAAUACUUAUAUAAGCUUUACUCUCAAAACCUAUAUAUAUGCCAAAGGCCAAACUCAUAUAUUAAUUAUGCAUGCCUUCAAUAUUUAACUUUGAAAUCUGUAAACUUGCUUCUUAUUUAGGCAUAGAUCAUAUUGUUUUUUCAGUA